AUCCAACGCGCCAACACAGAUCCUGUCGUUUGGAUUGUCCCGGGCUUUUUAUCAGAAUCAGAGUGUGAUGCACUUCAAAGAAAAGCCAGUCGUAGGAUGACUUCUUGUGUUACUAAGAAUGCGGACACCAGUAGGGUUUACAAAGAUCUCUCGCGAACAUCCACUAACACAAAUGUCCCUCGUCGAGAAGUUCCAACAGUCGUCUCAAAGCUGAAGAAUCUUACUUUGUGUGACGACGAGGCUCGAUUUGAAAUUCUCCAAGUUCUGCGAUAUCAAGCUGGGCAACACUUUAGUCCCCAUACUGAUGGCUUUUCUGGCCCAAUCACGGCUUGUGGUUUUUGGGACUCGGGCCGGCUUGUAACGGUAUUUUGUUACCUCAACGAUGUGGAGAAAGGUGGAACCACGCGAUUC